AGGUCAGCACAACCCACAACACGUAUCUACAUUUGUUCACACCUUAUCUAUAUUUCUCUUCAUUAUCAAACCCAAAACAAAAAUUUAAUUUUUUAUAUUUUAAGAUUAAAAAAUAUUACUUUUAAUACUAUUUAUUUCUUAAUCGCGUAUAUUAACUUAUUUAUAUAAUAUUAUAAUUUUUAAAAAUUUAAUUAUGACCUAUAAACUUGGAAAAAAUAAAAUGAAAGAGCAUUACAUGAAACGACAAAAGAAAAAAGUUAACGACUAUACUUGGAAGAAGUGAUUGCUGAAGGUUUGAGUUAAUUGAGAUUCAGAGUUGAGUGGAAAAUAUGCUUAAAAUUAUAUCUCACUAAACCUUAGCCAAAGCAAGGGAUCACUGUUCGAGUCUGUGGUUUGUUAAGUUUGAUUUGUGCUGGUGAUGAUUGGUGAAUCUGAAGCAGAACCAAACAAGUCCUUAGUCUCCGUUGCAAAUGCAACUUCUCCGUUUCUAAUUCUUCUUUCCUUUACGCCAUCAAUUAAUAUGCCACCUGGUUUGGAAUACAACAUUGAUGAUCUGUUUCAAGAAGCUAAGAGAAGAUGGCUCAAGCCUGUAGAAGUGCUUUACAUUUUACAGAAUCACAAGAAGUGCGAGUUCACUGACAGGCCCCUUCAUCAACCAACUGGAGGAUCCCUAUUUCUGUUUAAUAGAAGAGUUAUGCGUUUCUUCCGUAAAGAUGGUCAUAACUGGCGGAAGAAAAAAGAUGGAAGAACUGUGGGAGAAGCACAUGAACGGCUUAAGGUUGGAAAUGUUGAAAUCCUAAACUGUUACUAUGCACAUGGAGAGGAGAACCGUACUUUUCAGAGACGGAGCUAUUGGAUAUUAGACCCGGAAUAUGAGCAUAUUGUUCUUGUGCAUUAUAGAGAAACAAGUGAGGGGAAUUCUGAACCUGUCACACAGUUGUUACCAGGUUCCUCUCCUGUGUUCAGUCAGAGUCAUAGCUCACAUACUACUCAUAACCGAGGGACAACAUCCAUGUUUGAUGAUUCAUAUGAGCCUAAUCAGAAUUUCUCCAGUCUUGGGUCAGUAGAAGUUACCUCCUCUGACACACAAGCUUUACGCCAAUUGGAAGAGAACUUGAGUUUGAAUGAGGAAAUUUAUGACACUGAUAAGUAUUAUCAAGAAUUACUUGACGACUAUCCUGACGGAAAUGAAAAAGCUAUGUCCUGGAUGGAGGUGCUGGAAUCGUGUAAGCCCUCAUCUGUGACCAAGUUACCAGAUCAACAUGCAUACCAGGCAUUUGAAAAUGAAAUGUCACUAUCUUCUUCUGGAAGGGGAAUGAUUGCAAACCAGGAUAACAAUCACUGGCUAAACAUAAACACUGUUUUCUCAUUUCCUCAAGACGUUGAUGGAGUCAAAUUUCCUCCAUAUUCUUAUGGAGAAACUCGAACUAAUUAUAACUACUAUGCAACAUUGUUUGACGAAAUUCAAGAACCUCUGGGUGUAGAUUCAAGCUUGACUGUUGUACAGAAACAGAAAUUUACUAUUAGGGCAGUCUCCCCAGAAUACUGUUAUGCCGCUGAGAUGACAAAGGUGAUCAUUAUUGGGACAUUUCUCUGCUCUUCCUCGGAUUCUAACUGGGCUUGUAUGUUUGGUGAUGUUGAAGUUCCCGCCGAGAUAAUUCAGGAUGGCGUAAUCUGUUGUGAAGCUCCGUUCGGUCUACUUGGAAAGGUUAAUCUGUGCAUUACUUCAGGAAAUAGGGAGCCAUGCAGUGAAGUCAGAGAGUUUGAGUUUCGAAAGAAGACCACUAGUUGCACUCGCUGUAAUUCAUUGGAAACAGAAACCGGUAGUAGUCCAAAAGAGCUUUUAUUACUUGUUCGAUUUGCAGAGAUGCUCCUUUCUGCUUCAACUACAAAGGAUGACAGCAUAGAUUAUGGAAAUCAUCCUUCAAGAAAACAGAAAGAUGAUGAUGAUGAUGAUUCAUGGAGUCAUAUUAUAGACACACUGUUGGCUGGCAGUGGAACAUCAUCUGGUACUGUUAACUGGCUUCUUGAAGAGUUGCUGAAGGAUAAGCUGCAACUCUGGCUUUCUAGCAGAUCUCAUGAAAGAGAUGAAGGGACGGGCUGCUCUUUGUCCAAGAAAGAGCAGGGAAUUAUACACAUGGUUGCUGGGUUGGGUUUUGAGUGGGCCUUGAACCCCAUUCUAAGUUGUGGUGUGAAUAUAAAUUUUCGGGACAUCAAUGGACGCACUGCUCUUCAUUGGGCUGCAUGGUUUGGGAGGGAAAAAAUGGUUGCUUCACUUAUAGCUUCGGGUGCAUCUGCUGGAGCUGUGACAGAUCCAACUUCACAAGAUCCAACUGGUAAAACUGCUGCAUCUAUUGCAGCCAGCCAUGGCCAUAAGGGACUGGCAGGUUAUCUUUCAGAGGUAGAUCUAACAAGCCAUCUGUCAUCCCUCACAUUGGAAAAGAAUGAGAUUUAUGAAGACUCUUCACUUGAUGUCGAGUUAACUGUCAAUAGUGUCUCUAAGGAAAAUUUUGUAGCCAGUGAGGAUCAGGUUUCACUAAAAGCUUCAUUAGAUGCUGUCAGAAAUGCAGCUCAGGCAGCUGCACGGAUACUGGCUGCUUUUCGUGCACAUUCUUUCAGAAAGCAAAAAGAAAGAGAAGCUGCCGCUGCUGCAGGUCUAGAUGGGUAUGGUAUUGCUGCAGGUGGCAUUGAUGAUACCAUUUCAGUGCUUUCUGCUCGGAGCUUACAUGAUUGCAAUCUAGCUGCCUUAUCAAUUCAGAAGAAAUUUCGAGGUUAUAAAGGUCGCCAAGAAUUCUUAGCAUUCCGCAGAAAAGUAGUUAAGAUACAGGCUUGUGUGAGGGGUUACCAGGUUCGGAAGCAUUACAAGGUAAUAUUAUGGGCAGUUAGAAUCAUGGACAGGGUUGUGCUACGAUGGCGGAGAAAACGAGUUGGUUUACUAAGGGUUCAGCGAGAAGUGGAAUCAGGUGAAGAAAGUGAUGAUGAAGAUUUUCUUAAGGUGUUCCGAAAAGAGAAAGUACAUGUAGCAAUUGAAAGGGCUUUGAAGAGGGUGCUUUCCAUGGUCCAGUCUACCGGUGCUCGUCAACAAUAUAGUCGCUUGCUUCAGAUGUAUCGUCAAGCCAAGGUUAAACAUGGCAGCACGACUGAUGAACCACCCUCAUCAACCUCGGCUGCGGAUGUUUCCAAUAUAGAAGAUGAUGAUUUGUCUCAAUUUCCCUGGGAAACGAUCCUGUCUUCCUAGUUUUUUCUCUUAUUUGAUAAAUUUCUGGCUUCACUGUUUAUGUGUUAUUUGUAUCUGGAUGUGUUGAAGAAGCUUGGUUUUAGUUUGUCAGUCAGUCUAGGUUGUAUAUAGUAAGUGAUAAUGGCGAUGGAUGUAUUCAUAUGUACAAAAUGUCCUUUCAAUGCGAGCAGCAUAUGAUUUCAAAUUCAAGGGAUUUCUGUUUUUAAAACAGUUUUGUGUUUUUAAAAAUUCAAGGGAUUUGUGUUAGAAUUAAUUUUUGAAAACAGAAAACUAUUUUAAAAACAGAAAUUAAACAUACCCGAAGUUUCUCUUAUUUUUUCUUUGCAAGUCCUAGUUUUUGUCUCAAUUUAGCCGUUUCUGGUGGCAGCUACUUAUAAAAUUUUUACACUAAAUUAACUUACGUAUUAUGCAUUAGUAACU